UCUGGUCCCAGUCAGCCCCUGUAGUGAAGUACUUUGGAUGCCACUGUGAUCUCCACUAUGGGAGUCACCAGCAGCACCACUACUUACCCUUCCAAUGCCCAUUCAGCACCAACAGAGAAGGGGAAUGACAUACCCAAAAACAAGCAGAUCAGGUACUGAAAUGUUCAGUUGGUGACUCAUAGAUCAGGGUUGUCAUUUCCCUAAUUUCUAAAUAAAGUAGAUUGAAUAUUAUCUUUACCAUAAUUGGGCAUCUAAAUAUGUAAUCAUUACCAUCAAUUUAUGCAUAUGAUUUUACAGUGCUUGGUGAUUUAAAAUAUCAUCAAAAUAAACAAAUACAUAUUUCUAUUUGAAUGCUAUAUUUAACCAGGGAAGUCACAUUGACAUAUUUUAAAGGGAACCUGAACAUGCAUGUGGAUAUAGUGUGGUAUUUGUCCCUUUCACAAUGUUAUAAUAUGCUGUGCAAAUCUCUAUUUUUGUGAGGGCUUCGUUUGAGAUCUCUCCACUGCAGUCACUCCAACUCCAGUGCUCUUUGUUCACGGUGAUGCUGCUGUAGUACUGCACCUUGCAAAUGUGUUGAGUGGCCAAUCAUAUUUGUGCUUCUUGUCCCGUAGGAAACGUGUUGGUGUGAAACCGCUCGUACUGGCACCGGAAGGGCAUGUGUGCCGUGUACACUCGCAACUGUAGAGGUCCCCCUUUUUCAGCGGGCUGCGCGCACAGCUAUUGCACCCGCUUUUUAUCCUGUGUAAAGAGGAGAGAGUGAGGGGGAAUACGUACGGAUCCUGCACGACCGCAGACAUGUAUCCUCCGUGAUGUGUAGCGCAAGGCAACUCUAAGAUACCGGUGUUCUGCGAGAAACAAUGAAAAUGUGCGGCUCUUUCUGAAUGAGCACAAGGACAUGUGUGAUAUGCGUUGUAGCCUACCUAUAGACCAAAAUCAUUCGCACUAUUCCAAUUUCCUUAAGAUUUGAGGGCACAGGUAUAUGACUUAAACUCAUUUUAGGGAAGAAAGAAGACGUCGUGUUCUGCUGCUUUUUGUGGAAUUUUCGCUCCAGCUGAGAGUCGUGAUGUCUGGCUCAUUUCCCACAUUGUUCCUGGGAAACGUGUUGGUGUGAAACCGCUCGUACUGGCACCGGAAGGGCAUGUGUGCCGUGUACACUCGCAACUGUAGAGGUCCCCCUUUUUCAGCGGGCUGCGCGCACAGCUAUUGCACCCGCUUUUUAUCCUGUGUAAAGAGGAGAGAGUGAGGGGGAAUACGUACGGAUCUCUAAGAUACCGGGUGUUCUGCGAGAAAAAAUCACUGGGGUCGGGGCCUGUUCCCGAGGGAGCCGUAUAUCCUCUGCCUCGGGCUCGUCGGAGUUGUGAAAGAAGAAAAAGGAUUCUGCUAGUCCGUGGUCAUGCCUUCAGACACGUGUGUGGUAAUGUCCCAGUCUCGCUGAACCGUCGGGAGAGACCAAGAGCGCUGCACGCCACCACAAUUAGCCUGCUUGUCCAUGGGUUCUGCUGGGUGUGUUGACGGCGUGCGCCCAGACGGAGAUGAAGAGGGUUGUCGGUGAUAAUGCGACACUGCCCUGUCACCACCAGUUCUGGGCAGGUGACGCCCCCACACUGGACAUCGAGUGGCUGCUCCUCAAGCCCAGCUCCAAGCAGAGAGUGGUGAUCACCUACUUCGCGGGCCGGGUGUACGACCCCAAUGAGGCGGAGGCGGGCCGGCUGUCCUUAGCCGGGGACUACCUCAAGGGGGACGCCUCCCUGCUGAUCAGUGACCUCAGCCUGGGCGACUCGGGCGAGUACAGCUGCAAGGUGAAGAAUGGGGGGAAGUACCAAUGGAGCACGAUCAACCUCAUAGUACAGGUGAAGCCAUCUAAGCCGCGGUGUUGGAUGGAGGGCCGGCUGUUGGAGGGUAGUGAUGUUAAGAUGAGCUGUAAGUCUACAGACGGCUCUGACCCCAUAAACUACAAAUGGGAGAGGCUGCUGGACAAGGGCAAGUACGUGGGAAAGCUGCCCCCACUGGCCCUCAUAGAUUUGAAAAACUCAGAGAUAGUGACACUGAGGAACCUGACCAAGGAGAGUGCUGGGGUGUAUAAAUGUACCGCCAGCAACGAUGUGGGAGAGGAGAGCUGCACCGUAGAGGUCAAGAUGCACUAUGUGCGGGGCAUGGGUGUGGUGGCGGGCGCUGUGGUGGGCGUGUCCUUCGGUGUCCUCCUCAUCAUUCUCAUUAUUUGGCUGGUGUUCCGCAAGAAGGAGAAGAAGAAAUACGAGGAGGAGGAGACCCCUAACGAGAUCAGGGAGGACGCGGAGGCUCCCAAAGCCAAACUGGUGAAGCCCAAUUCUCUCUCCUCGUCCCGUUCUGGAAGCUCCCGCUCGGGCACCUCCUCCACCCAGUCCAUGGUCCACACCACUGCCCCCCGGGGGCCCCGCGCCCGCGUUCCUGACGUCGCCGCCCUCAAGGAGAACGGCCAGCCCCCCAGCUUCCCCCAACAGCCCCCUGCCUACACACAGGUGGUCCCCAAGACCCCUGAGCCCCGCACAGCCCCGGCCAAGCUCAGCCCUCCCCCCAAGCUAAGCCCCGGGAACCUGGCCCGCAUGGGAGCAACGCCGGUCAUGAUCCCUGCCCAGACCCAGGCCUUCCAGACUGUGUAGGAGGGAGGGAGGGGAGGGAGUAGUGGAGGGAGUAGACGCAGACAGACACAAGAAGCCCCAGUACAAAGCUGAUAGCAACCCCCAACCUGCCCCCAGAAACGCUGUGAAAACCAGCCAUAUCAUCAACUAAAAGUAUAAUUGAGUGCAUUCUACGAAGGGAAGACUUUCGUAAGAGGUUUUGUCUCCUGUACAAACAAUAGAGAGCGAAAUCUUUUGUUCGCAUGACAUCCCAUGACAACAGAACAUUCAUUGUGUUUUUGCCUGAUUUUGCUGACGAGGUCAGUGAUGUGUAUCAUACUCUGAUGAGGUCAGUGAUGUGCAUCAUACUCUGACGAGGUCAGUGAUGUACAUCAUACUCUGACGAGGUCAGUGAUGUGUAUCAUACUCUGACGAGGUCAGUGAUGUGUAUCAUACUCUGAUGAGGUCAGUGAUGUGCAUCAUACUCUGACGAGGUCAGUGAUGUACAUCAUACUCUGACGAGGUCAGUGAUGUGUAUCAUACUCUGACGAGGUCAGUGAUGUGCAUCAUACUCUGACGAGGUCAGUGAUGUGCAUCAUACUCUGACGAGGUCAGUGAUGUACAUCAUACUCUGACGAGGUCAGUGAUGUGUAUCAUACUCUGACGAGGUCAGUGAUGUGCAUCAUACUCUGACGAGGUCAGUGAUGUGUAUCAUACUCUGACGAGGUCAGUGAUGUGUAUCAUACUCCGACGAGGUCAGUGAUUGCUCCUCUUCUUCCAGUAUGAUGCACAAGGGAGGACCCUGUGUAGAGCUGAGGUAUUUUUAAACCAAACCGACAGAGCCAUGAAAGCGGAACGGGCUAUGGACAAAGGGAAGGAGGGAGUAAGAGCAAAUAGAGGACUGGAAAAGAGCAAACAAAGGAGAUACACAGGCUGCAUAGCUCACCAGAGAUCAGGCGAGGGUGUCUGGCUGUCUCAUGACACCUGAUACCUGCUACCAACCAGGUCAAACCAGACGGCAGGACAAGACAAAGACAGAAAAAAGACAAAGAGAAAAAAAUUAAAACGGAAAAAGUAAACCUCUCUCUGGACUUGUCCGAGCACCACACCUACGACACUCACACACUCCGCCACACCGAGCCAAUCAAUAUCUCCCAGGCUUCUUUGCUGGCAUCACAGACCUCCAUGUAUUCUCCUCCGGGAUACCCGCCAAGGCCAGCAGGCAAGGUGAUUGGUUUAGUAAGGAAGGGGGUGCAGGGGGUGCACCGAUCGAUUGACACACCAAUGAGAGUGGAUGAAAUUUUGAUGCUGAUACAAGAGGGAUGUUUGCCUGUGAUUGUACAAAGAUGAUAUAGCUUAAGUAAGAGACUCCACCUAGACACGUCACCUGUCAUCCUAUACACCUGCACAUGGGUCACUCGCAGCAAUCAGAAAGAUAUUGGUAUUGAUUUCCCAUGUUUCCUGUGCAUCCAGCACUAUACACUCAACAAGUCUGGACUUAUGUAACGUUAUCUUCCCAUGUUCAUGGACAGCGUCAAUUAAGGCCAUAGGAAUAUGUGACUUUGUGGUCAUCAUAGGGGAUUAUUAAUGGCUGUAAUAUGUAUUGCUGUUGUCUAAUAUUCUAUGUUUCCUUUUUUCUAUUUCAUUUAUUUCAGAUUCCUUCAGAAUGUUUAAAGAUUGUUAUUAAAGGGGUGAACUUAAGCCCUAUCAAUAAAGUGCCACUGUUGAUGUUUGUUGAAGAUGGUUAAUGGCAUUUCUGUUUGUGUUGUGUUAAUAACAUUUCCAUUCAUCCAAAAUGAUUGAACUAACAUAUGAAUGUGUUCUAUGCCAUGCAGUAUAUAAAGGGCUGGAUUCAAUUUGUAUCGCCAAAGUAACGUGCAAGAUCUACGUUAUAGCUCCAUUUAAAUUUAAAGGCAAUGUUCCCACGUUCGCGGAGACCGCAUUCACAGUCGGCUGAAUCGAAAAUGACCUUAACAUUUUAAAUACCUCCGCGAUAUAGCUGGAUUCCAGCCCAAAAUCAUUGGAUGAAUCCUUGUUUUUUAAUGAGCAGAGAUUUGCAACAAUAAAUUGAAUCCCCUGCAGUUGAACUGUGUCUGAAAAAAACCAAAUAUAUUCUGUAUUAAGAGAAAAUGAGCAAAGGGCCAUACACAUCAUAAUAUGAUAUCACAUGUGUUGGCUCAGCACCAUCUUGUGAUUAUAGAAGAACAGUAAUGAUAAUCCUAAAGAGGGCCUUGGGUUAACAUACACAUUUUAAUUGAAUACACCACAAAAAAGUAUUAUUCACAAAACAUGAAACACGGCUUUACAGUUUAAAAUGGUUAACUCUACGGUGCACCUGAGACUGACUCCAUUUCAAGCAGAAUGAAAAGGACAAUAGAUUUGAGUGAUUUUGUUUAACCAUGUAGUCAUACUAGUUUGUCAAACUCAAAUCAUUCCAUCAAAGUCUCUUCAUGGUGGCCAAACAGAAUUUAAACAACACUCAACCUCAGUAAAAUAUCCUGGCUGAAAGUGUUGAAUUAUGCCCUAUCAUUCUCUCAUUUAAAUGUCAACUUUUGCCUGAGCUCUCAUUUGAUCCAAAGGCGUGACUUCUGCCUAGUGAUAGUCUUCACUGCCUCUACGCAGCAGCACAUUGGUCCUUCAGUGUUAUGACUGCUUCCUCCAAAGAGACACCCCUGUUAUUCUGGCUCAAUCGCAAUGUAAUGGAUGAGAUGUGAGGAGGUAUUUGGAGUGACUGAUGCUGUGGCGCCCUCCAGGAGAACCCAGCACACUCAUCUUAGAUCACCCAGGAGGAAGGGCUCUUCUCGUCCAGCGGUGCAGAGCAUAAGAGCGCGCUCGCACUCUGGCCUCCGAAAGGGUUCAAACGAGGACAGGUGACUCGAGAGUCUAUACUUCUUGUUAAAGGUUCAACAUUGACCUGGCUUUUCGUUCAUGCCUGGUUGAAAUCACCCAGAUUAAUUUGUAUCAAUAGUUAUAUUUUUAAAGUCGGCCUAUUUGUGAUGAGAUUAUUUCAUGAUUGUUGGCAGUUCAAAGAGUGAAAAGAAAGCAGCAAUUUUGUCUCUGUGACUCGAGUACUUCCAGCUUGCCCACUGCUGGUUGAAAAGCUCCUUUAAACCAGGAGACGGAUGAGUGGCGAGAUGAGAGGACGACACCUGAGGGAGAGCUCCUGAUUACCCACCACAACCCCCUUUGAAUUUCCCAUUAUACCCUUAAAAGCCAAUACAGGGAGGCCGAUGAGUGAAUGUAGCUCUUACGGCCGUUGAUGGGGUAGGAUACGCACCGGUAUCGAUUUUCCUGUUAUCUGAGUGACUCUGAAUUCCCCUGGCGGAGCGCUCUGUGUCCUGAAUCAUUAGGGUUUCCACCCUUUUUUGUUUGAAUGUCUUGCUUGGCAGACAGGAGAAAUGGGAAUGCUCCAAACCAUGCUGGGGAUUGGAACAACGUGAACCACAGGCGUUACGUUGCCCUUUCACCAUGUAUCGACUCCAAAAGGACAUUACCAUAGGUUAACUAGUACAAAACUUGCAUCUUGAUGUCAUUUAUUAGUCUGUCUACUCUAAAUACCUCCACUAUGGUUUGAGUGAUGGGACCUUUGAUUUCAUGCAUACCGUGUAAUGUUCAAGAGAGAAAGAAUCCACCCAAAGCUGAAAAAUGAUGGAUAUGCAUGUCACAGAUACUUAACUAGAGAAAGAACAAAACUGUAUUUUUGCCUCAAUGCUUAUAUAAAUAUAUAAAUGAUCAUCUUGUACAGAAAUUUUUUACAUUUAAAACAGAUGCUAUGACUGUAAAAAAGGAAAGUUAUGUUCAUUUUGAGUUUACUCGUUUGGGUUAAGUAUUCAAUCAUAAGUACUUUGCACUUUCUUAAACUGUGCUCUCUGUGUCCCGCUUGCGUUAAGCUCUUUUCACCAACAGGUUUAGGAGGGAAAUGUUCUCUCUCGCUAUUUUCUUUGAUUGACAAUGUCAUGCAGUUACUUGAGUUGUUGUAAACCAAAAAGGCAAUGUACAUACCUCCUUCUCGAGUGAAAAAUGUAUAUUUGUACAAUAUCUGAAUAAUUACUGUUUUGGUUUGUAAUAAAGCAUUUGAUGAAUAGCCA